GCUCAUUUGAGCUUCGGGCCCCAAAAGCUGAACCUCACAAAAACGUCCGGCGAAUGAAUUUGCACGUUCUUGGGCAAUUUCGUGGGCACCGGACCGUCGUAGUUCGCACCUGCUAUGGAGAGGGAGAAUCUCAUGCACGGCCACCAGGCGGGCGGCGGACGGUAUUUCGGUCUCACGAUGGCGGGCAGCGAUGGGGUUUUCGCAUGUGGAAGGCGACCACACAAUGAGCAUCUGCAGAGCCGACCUUUUACUGUACCGCCCUCGAGACCUGCAUCUUUCCGUGCCCGUGCCCAAGUUGGCCACCAGUGCUCUAUCUAUCGAGCAUUCGGUUUGGCUUUCUCCCACAUUGUAUCUCCAUUCGUUGCACAAGAGAUUUCAAACCGACCCGGCUUCCUUUGUUUAUCCAAUUCCAACGAAUUGGAAGGGGCGAGGGAAAGCGUCAGAGCAUGCAGGGCAGGGUGGAACUUUUCUCACGACCAAGUACUGUUGUGACUAUGGACGAAUAGAAACCAGAAGCAGCGCGGCCAUGAUUCGUGAAUGGGAACUUUCCUUUCGCAUUUUUCCACGAGAAAGGCGGCCAUAUUUCCUGUACUUGUAAAAGCUUGUCGAAGAGUUUGUCUUCGUUUUUGUUCCGAAGAAUAUUUCGAAAAUUUGUUUGGACGAUCGGACAUGGACUGUUCUUUUCCACCGGAGGAUGUUCUUUAGAGGCUAGAACCCCGCUGCUGCUGGGAUGGAUUAUUUCCCCUCCUCGAUCAUGCGAAAAUCAGAUCUCACCCUUCAGUACAGAAGUCCGAGCAGUCUGCAGAAUCUGGAUCAAAGAAUCGGAUCUGUGACUAUCACAUCGGUAGCGUCUUGCUUUGGAUCAACGUCAAAGCUUAUGUACUCCUCAUUCAGAAGGGCAGACGUACUAAAUCAGACCACCAAAGCAUGAUUAUUCCAUUCUCACUAUCAUACUCUUUACCGCUAAUGUCCAAUCCUUUUAGAGCUUUGUGAUUUGAUGUAGUCCAAGAUUCACCUUCCCAGAGACUUCU